AUGGCUGAUGCUUGUUCUAAUUUCACUGAACAGCAAUGGAAACCAAAUAUAUGUCGGGAAUGUUCUCGACCAAAAGAGCAGCAUCAACAAAGAGAAGCUUCUAACGUCGUUAGUUCAGAAAGUAACUUAUCAGAUCAGUUAGAACGUGGUAAACAAGACUUCAUAGCAAAUACCGUGGUUGAUACUAUUUCAUUUUCACCCGAAAGCAAAUCAGUAAAAGAGAAAGUAGCUCACUUCGAAGCACUGAUAAAAAAACAAGCAAGAUCGAAGUCCUACUAUGAAAGAUUUCCGAAUAUUCUCGAUGUAACAAAUGAGACGCGAUUGGAAAUUAAACAAGCUAAAGAAUUUACAAGAUCGAUAUUACAAAACUUGCCAUCAGGAAACGUGCAGGACAGAAAUACCAUGUGUCAUAUUAUAAGUAAUUUGCUUGGAAAUAAAGAUCAGCAAUGCUUGUUUUAUAAUUCUUCGAUUGGUAUAAACCUUCAUGAUGCAUCUGCAAAUUUAGCCGAUCUGAACUCAGAAGACAAACCAUUUAUAUUAAAAUUACAUAGUAGCAAAGGAUUAGGAAAAAACAAUGUUAAACACGAACAAGAUGAUUCAAGUCUUGCUCAACAAUUAAAUGAUGUGAUUGAGCAAAAGCAAUCUCAUCCAGUUAUCGAAGACAUAUGUGAACGAUUAGCAAAAGCCCAUAAUGUGGAUAAAAAAGAUAUCAAAAUUAUAAGUGUGUAUGAAGGAACCUUCAAUGUGGUUUAUACUAUACCAAAUUUGAAAUCUGUCGAUAACCAAUCACUGUUGCAGCUUGAGAAAAACUUGAAGAAUGAGUUUAAUGAAUUUCGAAGUAUAAAAAUUCAUCCAUUACUAUCAUGUCGUCCUUCAUUUGAUAUAUCAGACUUUGAUGAGCGUGGUAAUAAAACUUUUCCUAAAUACUCAAGUACUCAUCAAAUUGGACCACCUAAACGGACCAUGCCGUACAUUCAACCUGCCGGAUGGACAAGAUAUGGAUUGAGAGUGUUGGGCAAAUAUAAAGAUGGUGAUACUUGGCUAGAUCCAUUUCUACAUUCUGCGAAUUGGUAUAGAGCGUUCCAUGGAACUAAAAACGCAAGACCUGAAGACUUUGGCAGAUCUGAUGGAUAUAUUGACGGACGCAAUACACCUAUCGAUGCUAUGUUGAAUAUUCAUCAAAAUGGAUUCAAAAAAGCAAGGUUUGCUGUAUAUGGGCCUGGUGUCUAUUGCUCUCCGGAUCCCCAGUGGCUCGAGAACAGCUACUAUGUAGCCACUGUAGAAAUAGACACUAAGCAGGGAAAGAAAAAGUAUAAAUGUAUGUUGCAAAUAGCUGCAAAUCCCGACGGUGUCAAGUUCACUUCUGAAAGUGAUAUUUGGGUUGUAUCAAAUCCUGAAGAUAUUCGACCAUACGGAAUACUUAUCAAAGAAGCAUGA